GCUUGAGAGACUUGAAUUUCAACUCUUUCAACUUUCCUCAAUUUUCUCAUUUUCAAAAUACGACCAGAAAUACCCACGAUAAACUAUUCUUCCCAAACACCUUUAACAUGGCGGACGAACUCAAAGCUCUUGGUAAUAAGGCGAUCGCGGAGAAGAACUUCGACGAGGCUAUCUCCAAAUUCACAGAGGCGAUAGAAAUCGAACCUACGAACCACAUCCUGUUCUCGAAUCGUUCUGCUGCCUACGCAUCAAAGAAAGACUACCAACAUGCGCUGGAGGAUGCUGACAAGGUUACAGAGAUCAAGCCUGACUGGGCCAAAGGCUGGGGACGUAAGGGAGCUGCGAAGCAUGGCUUGGGAGACCUCAUUGGAGCUAUGGAUGCGUACGAGGAGGGUUUGAAGCUGGAUCCAAAUAAUUCGCAAAACAAAGCUGGCCUUGCUUCUGUCAAGCGCGCAAUCGAUGCUGAAGCCAGAGAAGACGGUGUCACCGGCGAUCCAUCUGCCGGCCUUGGAGGCAUGUUCAACGACCCUCAACUGAUUCAAAAGCUCGCUGCCAACCCAAAGACAAGCAAGCUCCUAGCAGACCCAAGCUUUAUGGCAAAGCUCCAGCAAGUCAGAAACAACCCAAAUGAUACCCAGUCGAUGUUCUCCGAUCCAAGAAUGAUCCAGGUACUUGGUGUUCUCAUGGGUGUGGACAUGGAUAUGAUGGGAGGCAUGCCAGGUGCGGGUGGAGAGCCAGGAUCUGCACCACGAGAGACCGAGGAGGAUAUCCCAAUGCCAGAUGCGCGCCCUGCUUCUGCUCAGGCACCACCACCGCCCAAGAAGGAGCCCACCCCGGAGCCGGAGCCUGAGGAUGAGGAGGCCGCCGAGAAGGCCAAGGCCAAGGCCGCUGCUGAGGCAGAGAAGAAGUUGGGCACGGACAACUACAAGAAGAGGAAUUUCGACGAGGCUAUUGCACACUACACCAAGGCCUGGGAACUCUAUAAGGAUAUCACCUACCUCAACAACCUUGGUGCUGCCCAUUUCGAGAAGGGAGAGUACGACGAGGCGAUCAAGGCAUGUGAGAAGGCUGUUGAGGAAGGUCGCGAGAUUUAUGCGGAUUUCAAGAUGAUUGCAAAGUCAUAUGCUCGUAUUGGUUCUUCAUACGAAAAGCAGGGAGAUCUGCCCAAGGCCAUCGAGAAUUACAAGAAGUCUCUCACAGAGCACCGUAUCCCAGAAACCGUCAACAAGCUUCGUGCUGCCGAGAAGAGUCAAGUUGAAGCGGCAAGACAGGCACUUAUCGACCCCGAGAAGGCUGAGGAGGCCCGUGAGCUCGGUAACGCCAAGUUCAAGGAGUCAGAUUGGCCAGGCGCGGUUGCAGCAUAUACUGAUAUGAUCCAACGUGCGCCAGAGGACCCACGAGGCUUCAGCAAUCGUGCCGCUGCUUUCAUCAAGCUCCUCGAGUUCCCUAGCGCCAUCGAUGACUGCAACACAGCUAUCAAGAAGGACCCUAAGUUUAUCCGCGCCUACCUACGCAAAGCCCAGGCUUACUUCGGCAUGAGAGAGUACUCCAAGUGUGUCGAUACGUGUACCGAGGCUGCGGAGGUCGAUGUCACCAAGGCUAAUGCGAGAGAAAUCGAGCAACAGCAGCAAAAGGCUUAUGCAGCUAUGUACAGCGCACGUGAGAACGAGACUGAGGAACAGACGAAGGAGAGAAUCCAGAGAGAUCCAGAGAUCAUCGGCAUCAUGCAAGACCCAAUCAUGCAGAGCAUCCUUCAACAAGCCCAAGGCGACCCAGCUGCUCUUCAAGAACACAUGAAGAACCCCGGUAUCCGCGUCAAGAUUCAGAAGCUCGUCGCUGCAGGCGUGAUCCGUGUCGGUAGAUGAUCAGCUCGCUGAGCCAACAACGCUUCAAGGAGAUUUGCGCCAGAGGAAGAUAAUGCAAUGUCUAGCAAUUGAAGUGCCUAUUGGUGAGAGUGGCAAAAAGAGCUGAUGCUAUCAAAUCUAAUGGAGAUCUUAAGCCUGUUUGUAUGGCUUGACGAUAAAUGAGACGUUCUCUAGUCAUAAGCUAGGUAGGAGGUGUACUUUAGGUGCUUGUGUGCUUGACUUUCGUGCUCGGGUUUUAGCGUGUUCAUCAAUCAAUUGCAUUGCGAUGGAAU